CACGCAGUCUCUGUGCAGUGACGCGUCUUCUUGUCCUCACACUUGGAACAGUUCGCGGAGCGAAAAUACGCAAUGUCUGCUGUGCGCGUCAGUGACUGCUAUAACAAGAGGACAACUCUACUCUCUGUCAGAUAAACACCAUCGUUCAUCUGCCUGUCGGUGCUGGACUCAAUGUAUAAUGUCUAGACGAGGACGUUCAAAAAAAUCCAAAGCUCACACAUUCACAGGACAGUGUGAGGGUCCUGGCCUCCAUGUGUUUCUGCUCUGGACCAAAGAGGGAGAGCGCUGGCUGUCCUACAAUGAGGGUGAGGUGACUGCUGAAGAUCUCACCAUCAGUGCAGCAAAGGCUGUGGGAAUCACUCCAGUCUGUCAUGCCUUGUUUGCUCUCUAUGACCCUGCAUCUUCAUGUUGGUACAGUCCAAAUCACAAAUUUAAAGUGGAAGACCAAUCUGGCCUUUUGCUGCAUUUCCGUAUGAGAUUUUACUUCCGUAACUGGCAUGGAUUAGGUGAAAAGGAACCGCUGGUGACACGUCAUGCAUUACGGACUGGAACAGGGGCAGAGCCAGUUACGUCUCCUUUGCUGGAGCUGACCUCCCUGGAAUACCUCUUUGCUCAGGCGAAAUAUGAUUUUGUGAAUGACUUGACCUGUUUGGAUGCAGUGAGGGGAGAGGAAGAGAUCAGUCGCUUUAAGAAUGAAUGUCUAGGUAUGGCUGUGCUUCACCUCUCUUACACAGCACUGCAGAGCAGCUCUUCUCUACAGGAUGUGGCCAAGCAGACCAGCUUUCUCCAUUGUAUCCCUCAAUCCUUUUCCCGACACAUUGCCCAGAACAACGUCCUGACGAGGUUCCGUAUUCGGCGCGUGUUUGCAAACUUUGUAAGCAGUUUCCAGCAGCACACAGUGGGCAAGGGACAGUUUGGGUCACAAGAAGUUAUGUACAAGUAUAUAUCCACGCUGGAGCGUCUGGCACCAAAAUUUGGCACCGAGACCUUUCCUGUGUUCAGUCUUGACCUGAGAUCUGAUGAAGAUGGCAGUGGGUCGUACCUCAUUGCCUCCCGAACACAAACUCCCUCUGAGGAAACCGUGAACAGUGAACCUACUCAUGAGAUCAGAGUGUCUGGAUCAACUGGUAUAUUUUGGAGGAAGGCAUCAGCACAAAGGGGGAAUGACUAUAUUUAUAAUCAGAACAGAGAAGCACAGUCACCUGAUGAACAGGAAAUGGACAACUGGAACACCUUCUGCGACUUCCCUGAGAUCUCUCAUAUUGCCAUUCAGGGCAUAAACAUCUGCAUCAGUCGCCAAGACAACAUGUCAAUGGACAUGCGUUUGGGCUCCAGUCUUCAGGCUCGCUCUCUGGUUUCACUGCUGGAUGGAUAUUUCCGCCUUACAACGGACGCGCAUCAUUAUCUUUGUCACGAAGUGGCUCCACCCAGAGUUGUUCUCAGUGGGACCAAUGACCUGCACGGUCCCAUACUGGAUGAGUUUGUGCUCCAAAAACUAAAGAAAGAAGCAGAGGAGGGAUCGUUCAUUGUGCGCUGGAGUAUUUUGGAUUACGAUCGCAUAAUCCUGGCAUCUCUGAGUCGAACAAAUGAUGGAGAGAAUCCAACAUACAAACAGUUCAGAAUUACGCUGAAGGGCUCCAAGUUCAGACUGGAAGGAUGGGAUCAAGAAUUCUCCAGCAUAAAGGAGCUCACCAAUAGCUUAAAGACCUUCGUGUUGAAGUCUGGAGAAGACAGCUUCACUCUGAAGAAGUGCUGCCUGCCCAGACCAGGAGAGCUAUCAAACCUUCUCGUAAUGAGAAAGGGUGCCAACAGUAGCAUUAAAACUGUCUCUGAAACCCUAAACCUGAGCCAACUGCGCUUUCAUCAAAUUAAGGACAAAGAAAUUACGAAGGAGCAGCACUUGGGACGAGGCACCAGGACUAACAUUCAUGCGGGCUGGCUGAAGAUUCACAGUUCAGUCGAGGAUGAUGACGACGAGUCUAACAACAAUCACCGCAAUGUGAAAGGCAUCCGGGUUGUCCUUAAAAUUCUGGACCAGAGCCACAAGGAUAUAGCACUAGCAUUCUUCGAGACGGCUAGUCUCAUGAGUCAAGUGUCACACUGUCAUCUGGUCUUUGUGCAUGGAGUUUCAGUUAAAGGAUCUGAGAAUAUCAUGGUGGAGGAGUUUGUGGAGUUUGGCCCAUUAGAUGUGCUCCUGCACCGAGAGAAGGCGCAUGUCACUCCUCAGUGGAAGUUUACUGUGGCUAAACAGCUUGCCAGCGCUCUCUGCUAUCUUGAGACAAAGCGUCUUGUCCAUGGAAAUGUCUGUGGCAAAAAUAUUCUGGUGGUCCGGAAGGGUUUGGAGGAGGGCACAUCCCCUUUUGUGAAGCUCAGUGACCCUGGCAUUUCUCUGUCGGCUCUGUCUCGUGCAGAGCGUGUGGAGCGCAUCCCGUGGAUAGCUCCGGAGUGUAUCGCUGACGGGGCCCAUAUAAGAAGCGCUGCGGACCAGUGGAGCUUUGGAGCGACUCUGCUGGAAAUCUGCAACAACGGAGAUCUUCCAAUCAGCGGCAGCACACUCCCUGAGAAAGAGCGAUUCUAUGAGACGCAGAGUCGUCUGGCGGUGCCGUCUUCUCAAGAGCUGGCGAGCUUCAUCAGCAUGUGUCUGACAUAUGACCCCGCUGCACGGCCGUCCUUCCGGACCAUUCUGAGAGAGCUAACGGAGAUUCAGAUUAAAAAUCCAGACAUUUCAUCCGAAUGCGAGUCACUCCCAGACAGAGACCCCAGCAUCUUUUACAAGCGUUACCUGAAGAAGAUCAGGGAUCUGGGAGAGGGGCAUUUUGGAAAGGUGAUGCUGUACGUCUAUGACCCUGGCAAUGACGGAACAGGAGAAUAUGUGGCGGUGAAGGCGUUGAAACAAGAGAGUGGAAGUAACCUCCACGAUUCCUGGCUGAAGGAGAUCGAGAUACUUAAAUCACUUUACCACAGCAAUAUCGUCAAAUACAAGGGGUGCUGUACUGAACUGGGUGGACAGGUGGUUCAGUUAAUCAUGGAGUAUCUUCCACUGGGAAGCCUCAGAGAGUACAUCCCAAAACACCGGUUGGGAAUCGCACAGAGUCUCCUGUUUGCACAGCAGAUCUGUAUGGGGAUGGACUAUCUGCACUCCAAGCGGUACAUCCACCGGGAUUUGGCUGCACGAAAUGUGUUGGUGGAGAAUGAAGGUGUGGUUAAGAUCGGUGACUUUGGCUUGACAAAGUACAUUCCCGAAGGGGAGAUCUACUAUCGUGUUCGUGAGGACGGAGACAGCCCUGUGUUCUGGUAUGCCAUAGAGUGCCUGAAGGAGAGCAAGUUUUCCUUUGCUUCUGAUGUUUGGUCCUUUGCUGUGACCCUCUAUGAGAUUUUGACCAACUGCAACCAUCGUCAAAGCCCCCCUUCGAAAUUCUUUGAGAUGAUGGGAUUGGUCCAAGGUCAGAUGACUGUGGUUAAACUUAUUACCCUCCUGGAGAAAAAAGAGAGACUGCCGUGCCCUCGAGACUGCCCUCGUGAGGUUUAUUUACUGAUGGAACAAUGCUGGGAUGUCAACCCUGGGCAGCGUCCAUCGUUCAGUUCCCUGGCUGAGUCUCUGAAGGAUAUCAGGCAAAUGUACAAACCGCAACCAUCUCUGCAGCUCGCUCAGCUCAACCACCGCUGACCUGCUCUGUCCUCUCUCUCUGUGCUGUUCUCACAGUCUGUAACCACAGCACUUCACUGUGAGCCUGACCACACGUAGCUCAUUGGGCUGUUUCUUCAGAAAAGAGGAUGUUUUUUUAUUUUCAAAUAUUCAGUUGAGGGAACCUACAUACUGUACCUCUUUUUCUACAACAACUGUGCUGGUGUCUGUGCUAGACUCUGAGCUUGGUUCUACAAACCUCUCUUCGAACUGCUCGCCACUUUCAGUCACUUGUGAACAAUAACUCGGCUUACUGUUACUCUAUAGCCACCAGCUCCAGCAUCAGCACAGUUCUUCUGUCAGUGGAAAAAAAGGUAAGUGUGACCUUAAGUGCUCUUUAAAGCAAUCGUAUGAAAGUUUUUAUCUUGAAAUAUCAGUUCCAAAAUCCAAGACUUAUUAAGAAGGCGAAUGGCUUUGGUUUCUUUACCAUAGUCCACUGCAAAUGUCUGUUCUGGGAGUAUGUAAGUUUGGUGAGCGGGUACAAAAUCCCUCCAAAGGAGUAAAAUGCUUUACUGCAGCAACGGACGCACGUGUACAGCGAUCCACUGUAAAAGCUACAGUGAUUUCCUCAAUUAACUGUAGGGGGCUUUAAAGUCGCAAAAAUUCACAAAACAACAAACAGUUGCUUUAAGUCAAGUGUCUUGCUGUUAAAACCAUAAUAACCAAAGAAUGCAUGGUUGUGAACAUUAUUCACUCUUUAUUUCAUUCCCACUGUAACAUAUUAUUGUGUAAAUACUGUCAUGUGUUUAGUUGCUUUCCAGCUUACUUCUUCUUUCCCCAGUCCUGCUGUUUUACAUUAUAUAUUGGGAGUAAGCGAAGACUGUGACUGGCUGUUAUUUUGAAGGCCUUUAUAAUAUGAAUUUCCUUUUUUUACAGUAUGAUACAAAUGGCGCUUUGAAUGUUUUUAUUUAUAUUUUGUCUCUUUGAAAAAUGUGCAAUUCUUCCUGUUUGAUGGCCUUUUGUACAUCAUCUUGUGUGAAAUGCUAUAGUCUUAAUGUCCCACUGAAUGUAUCUAUAAAAACUCUUUUAAUAAAUGUAAUUAUUCAAAGUGUA